CACCUUGUGUUAUGCUGUAAUUUAGAUCGUAUAGUUUACUUAUUCAUCAUUAUCUUUUUCUAGCAGUAGGUGUUCCCUGCUUGGUUUUACAUUUGUCAAAACAAAUGAAUCUCAGUUAAAGAAAAGGUCUUUCUUUUAGUUAAUCACUCAGUGUGCUUCCCUUGCAUCAGAUGCUCUUGUUAGGCUACUUUUAUCCACCACUGUAUAUUAGACUCGGAAAGACCCAGUUCACACUUUUAACACAUUUAAUUAUUUUACUGGCUUAAUUUAUAUUUAUUUAUAGCAUUACUGAAAGUGGAACGGAAGGUGACUCCAGGUUUGUUCUUCAGAUAGGCAGUCAAGUGAAUAUCUCAGUGUCACAUUGUGGCAGACACGCGGGGUCACACUGACUGCAGCUGAAUCAAAUAGGCUUGUCGAUUUCCGGGCAGGUAGGCUGGUGCUUUCAGCCCCUCCUCAGGUGAGCACCACGCCCCUCCUCUGUGAGUCUAAAAGGCAGCCGACCUGAGCAGGACUGGGCGCCUCACCUGGCUCACCUUACAGCCGCUCAGAAACUCAAUACACCGCACAGAGGCUCCGGGAAAUAAGAAGCUGUUGUCAGAGACCUCAGCGUCUCUUCGGAGGCCUAUAGCCUAGCCUACUGUAUGCUGACAUGGAACCAGCCUACCGGGGUCUGGGUCGCUGUGUGUGCUGUUUCUGGCUCGCGGUAGCCUUUGACAUUGCGGGACUGGGUGUACUUCUGGUCGGGGUGUUUGUGAACGUGUUUUUCUAUGACCUGCUCAUCUACGCGGGCGCCAUCGUCAUCUUCCUCAGCCUCAUCUGGUGGGUUUUCUGGUACUCUGGGAACAUCGAGGUGCCACUGGCGGAGCUGGAGGACGAUGUCGGGUUACUGAAGAAGGAUAAGGGCGGUCUGAGCGGCAUCAGCGGUGCGGUGAGGCGCCUCUCCAGUCGCCUGUCCAGCGGCAUCAGGAACUCGUUCCGCAGGAACGGAGGACCGUCCAGCACCCGCACGGCCCGCGCGCCCAGGUCAGCCGGCGGGCAAACGGCGGCCCCGCAGGCUGAGCAGGUGGCCGUUGCCAUGGGAACGAUGACCCCGCAGGAGGAUACCCCACACACUGCUAUUGAAUCCUCUGUGGCGCGUGAGGUAGAGAUGCCACACACAACAACAGAGACGUCACCGAGGCAAUAUAAUGUCACAGUGACUUGAUGAGAGCCUGCCCUACAGUGUCUUCACUUGACUCCAGUCGAUGCUCAGCUUUUCUACUGUUUGUGUGUUUAAUGAGAUAUCAUCAUUUGAUGAUGAUAUCUGUAAGAAGUGUUAGCAGUUGCUGAGUCGUUAUUAAAUCACUUAGUAAAAUGUAAAUUCCACAAUGAAUGUUAUGUUUUUAAUCAGUAUGGCAGCAUGGAUGCAGUCUGUUUGAGAUAAGUGGACUGAAUGUUGUCCCCAUUAAUCACUCAGACCCAAAAAUUGGGAAAAUUGCUGGAAACCAUAUUUGCUUUCUGGUACCACGUGACUCACAAACGAACUGCAAAACAACUGCAUUUGGAGACACCCAUUUCUCUGACAGACUUUGUUCUACUCAUAUUUUAGAUUUUUUUGUUUUUUAUUUUAUUUGUGACUGUUUAAAUUGUGUAUAUGUGAUGACUGCUUUGUGUGACUGUCUUGUUGUGAUGAUAUAUCUAAUAUAUCUCUCUUGUAGAAGAGGUUUUGAGACUUCCUUAUUUAAAAAAAAACAUCACUACAUCAUGACUAAGAAAAGUUUGAGUAAAAUAGGCUACCUUUAUAACAUAACAUUAUGUGAACAGCUAUUACGGUAUUUCAGUGUCCAAGAAUGUCUUACAUGAGUGGGGUUUCAUUCUUUAAGUUGAAAGACAAGAUAUAGAUUUACUGAGAGACAAAUAAAAAAAAGAAAGAUUACGUUUGAAAUACAUUUUGAUACAUUUUUGCAAUGCACAUACACAUGGUUUGUGUUGUGCCUCUAUCAUUAUUCUCCAUCCAGUGUAGUGUGGGGUUCCUCAAGGGUCCAUCCUCGGUCCGUAACUGUUUUCUAAUUAUAUCUACCAUUUUUAUUUAGACGAUAUGCAGUGAAUCCUAUUGAUCUGUAUUGAUUCUUCAUGACCCCCGAAUAAACCGUUUCAGUUUUGUAACCUCCUGGUUGCAAUACUUA